AUGGCAGCCAGCAGCUCUGAAGUCUCUGAGAUAAAGGGGAUAGAGGGGGGUCCCCAGGCCCCGGGCGAAGGGCCUGGCCGUUCUGAGGCGGGGACUGGCCCUCCCCAGGCCCCAGCUGAGGUCCCAGAGGAGCCAGAGGCCCGGCAGCCAGGUCCAGACACCACUCUGGACCCUGUGGACUCAGAGCCCAAGGCUGGGCUAGCUCCAGAAACCACAGAGACCCCGACAGGGGCCCCAGAAACAGCCCAGGCCAAAGAUCUUAGCUCCAGCCCAGGAGGGGAACCAAAGGCCAACUCCGGGCCCAAGGAAGUGUGCCAAGAGCCAGCAUCCAAGCCUGAAGCGAACAAAGAGGCCACUGCUGACCAGGGGUCAGCCCUGGAACCUGCGGGCCUGUGUGAGCCAGCCUCAGAGCCCGCACCCCAGCUGGACCUCCAGCCAGUUUCCCAGCCCACUCCCAAGCCAGCCCUUCAGACAGAGCCCCUCAUCCAGGAGGAGCCCACGCCUGAGGUCUUGACUGAGAGCGUGGGGGGGAAGCAGGAGAAUGGGGCAGUGGUCCCCCUGCAGGCUGGCGAUGGGGAAGAGGGCCCCGCUCCCCGGCCUCACUCCUCUCCCUCCACAAAGGCCCCUCCGGCCAACGGGGCUCCUCCCCGCGUGCUGCAGCAGCUUGUAGAGGAGGACCGAGUAGGAAGGGCUCACAGUGGGCACCCAGGGUCUCCCCGAGGCAGCCUGAGCCGCCACCCCAGCUCCCAGCUAGCAGGAUCUGGGGUAGAGGGGGGUGAAGGCACCCAGAAACCUCGCGACUACAUCAUCCUCGCCAUCCUGUCCUGCUUCUGCCCCAUGUGGCCUGUCAACAUCGUGGCCUUCGCUUAUGCCGUUAUGUCCCGGAACAGCCUGCAGCAGGGGGAUGUGGAUGGGGCCCUGCGUCUGGGGCGAGUGGCGAAGCUCUUGAGCAUCGUGGCGCUGGUAGGGGGGGUCCUCAUCAUCAUCGCCUCCUGUGUCAUCAACCUGGGCGUGUAUAAGUGA